AUGCCGGACCCUGAAGAUAAAGAAUCUAAAGAACAGGAGCGAGUUGACCGACGUCGAAUCAAAGCGACAUUUAAACGGGAUAGUGCUAUCGCAAGUAUUCGCGCGAUUCAUUCAUUGUCCGUGAAAGCGUCCACUAAUAGUGAUGUAGUUCCAAAAUUCUUAGUCGCCGCUCGCAGCUUAAAUAGCUUGUGGACGCAAUUUGAAUUGGAGGAUAGCAUGGCGCUUGAGUGUAUGAUCGCGUUGGGCACAUACGCGAAAUAUAGUGAAGUAAUUCCGUCGGAAAUUUGUGCUCUUGUCGACGAAUCUAUUUCUGUUGCUGAAGCUUUAGCACCGACUGAGACUCCGGAUGCCGUUCCACCCAAAAUUCAACGGUCAUCACGUCUACCGGAAAUUCCAUUGCCGUCGUUUGACGGAGAAUUGUCAGGGUGGCCGGUUUUUCGAGAUCGUUUUACCGUACGUGUUGUGAAAGAUACCGAGCUUACAAAUAUAGAACGGUUCUAUUACCUCUUAGGGUGUCUUACCGGUGAAGCUCUUCAUGCCGUAAGAAACAUCCCGGUAUCUGAGAGCACCUAUGACCUUGCUUGGUCAACGUUGGUUGAGCGUUUUGACAAGCCAAGGCAGUUAGCGACAAUUAUCGUCGACAAACUUAUAACUGCCCCUGUCCAUUCACAAGAAACAGUAGAAAGUUUAAAAGAUUUUAUAAGUUUGUUUUCGGACCACGUGUCAGUGCUUAAAUCGUUGAAUAUUCCGCACCUCGGUGAAUUUCUCCAGUUCGCAUUGUCUGCGCGCUGUUUACCGUUGUUCACUCGCAAGGCAUUUGAAGAGACGAAUAAUACUGAAUUUCCUGAGUUUUCGGAUAUUGCUGCAUACGUCAAGGCCCGUGUAUCGCUUUUGGAGGCAGUCCACUGUUCUAAUGUUCCAAAACAUCCUACUCACACUCAUAGUCAUUCGAAACCAGUUCCAACUAGGUUUGGAUCAAAAGGUUCGAAGGUUUCGUUGCUGUCUUCAAAGACUGAUGAUUCGGCCUCAUCAAAGUGUCUGUUCUGUUCGGGAAGCCAUGCAUCAGUCGAGUGUAAUGAGUUUUCAAAAAUGUCUCUGGAUGAGAGGUAUGACAUCGCCCGUAAGACUAGGAUCUGUUUUCGGUGUCUUAAUUCAACUCAUUGGUCUAAUCAUUGUGAAACAACCAAACCGUGUACUAAGUGUUCUGGUCGUCAUCACACUUUAUUACACCCCGUAAGUAAGCCCUCGUCGUCUUCUGACUCGACUCCGGUUGUCACAGCGUCAACAACCUCUUCAAUUACGAACUCACUAAACAAAACAACUGUACUUUUGGGAACAGCCUUAGUUCACGUGCGUGAUCGCGCUAGUUAUAUGCAAUCUGUUCGAGUUCUUAUUGACUCUGCCUCUCAGAUCUUCGCCAUGUCCAUCGCCUGUGUGGAUCGUCUGGGUCUAAAAAGAAGUAGAUGGACCGCACCGAUAACUGGCUUGACUGGCGUAUCGAUACCAGCAAUAUCAGGAAAAGUCGAUUGUUAUAUGACGCCCAGACAUACUACGGACCCAACAUUUUCCUUAACUGCUUGGGUCAUGCCAACUAUAGUUUCAAAUAUGCCAUCUCAACAUCUACCGAAGCUUAUCAAGGACAAGUAUUCCCAUCUUGCACUAGCUGACCCUCACUUUGACCGGUCCGCACCUAUUGAUAUGCUACUGGGAGCAGACGUGUUUGCUCGAAUCAUGGAUGGAAAACGGGUGUCAAUCGGUGAUUCUCUACCUGUCGCAUACGGAUCAGUCUUUGGUUGGGUCUUGAUAGGCGAACUCCCUGUUCAACAGUACCAUUGUAACACCGCUGUAUCCCUGUCGGUAUCACUGGAAGGGCUGGUCCAACGUUUUUGGCAACUCGAAGAACUGGAUGAAGCUCCUACUACGUUUACUAGUGAUGGACAAUGUGAGUCCAUUUAUGCUUCUGAAAGCCGUCGAGACAAUUCUGGUCGAUUCCUAGUUCCUUUGCCAUUCAUACCGAAACACCGCGAUGAAACAUUUCCUGGUUCUCGCAAUAUUGCCGAACGUCGUUUUCAAAACCUGGAGCGGAAACUUCAAAACGACGAUGUGCUAUAUACCGCAUACAAACAUUUUAUGAGCGAAUAUGAAACCUUAGGUCAUAUGUCAGUUGCUACUGAACCUGGUGCCUACGUCAUUCCGCAUCACCCUGUUUUCAAGUCCAACUGUCCAUCGAGCAAAAUCCUAGUGGUAUUCGAUGGAUCGGCGAAGGCUGCCUCUCUGUUGUCAUUAAAUCAAUGUCUAUACGCCGGUCCGAAGUUACAGCUGGAUAUCGUGGUCAUUCUAGUUCGAUUCCGACUUCACCAGUUCGUCUUUACUGCAGAUGUUUGCAAGAUGUACAGGCAAAUUCUCGUUCUGCCAGAAUAG